AUGGGCUUCUCACCUUCGGACAUGGUCGCAAUGGUCGCUUGCGGGCACACGCUCGGUGGCGUUCACUCCGCCAACAACCCUGCUCUCACCUCGCAGGGCUACCAUCACUUUGACGACACGUUCGCGCACUUUGACAACCACGUCGCCGUCGCCCACUUCAAUCACGGAAGCCCUAACCCGAUGGGUCAGCAGUGGGACGCGGCCAACCCCGGCUCCAGCAGCGACACGCGUGUCUUCAGCGUCGACGGGAAUGUGACCAUUGGUCGGAUGGCUCAGAGCGACGCCGCAUUCCACCACGAGUGCGUCGACGCAUUCAGCAAGAUGUGGAACGAUGCCGUUCCCUCUUCUGUCACGCUCAAAGGACCCAUGCAGCCGCUCAAGGUCGCGACCUCGUUCCGCAGCUACUUGCGCAACGGUGUCAUCAGUUUCAACCUCGGCAACGCGCGUCUGUACGACAUGGAGGGGCAGUGGUCCUCAUUCGAGGUGGGAUACUACAACCGCGACGGGUCUGUCGGCACGGACAACAGCAUCCUCCAGGUCGGCGAACUCGUGACGUUCGACGUUGGUGUGCCUCUCGAGACCAAAGCGUUCAACUUCCUCCGGCCCAGCAUCGACCCCGCCACCGGUCUCGGCGGUCUGUUUGUCAACGUGCAAAUGAAGGACGGCUCUGCCGCGCCAAUCGAGGCCGACUCCUUCCAGCCUUUCCAGGACACCGUGCUCGUCGACUACGGAAACCUCUAUACCUGCAAGUACAAGGGCGAUGCGUCCAAGGUUGGCCUGAACAUGACUGCAGUCGUGCUGGCUCCGUAUGACGCGAGCGACAAGGUCGAGUUCUUCCUCCGCACGUCAUCUGGCGACCAGCUCGUGCGCGCCGCAUACCGCGGUCCGAGGGACGAUUACUACAACCUCUACAACCUCUUCAUCGAAGACAUUGACGCCAUCGGCCUCACCGACUUCACGGUGCAGUUGACCCGUUCUGACGGCACAGUCAUCCGCGACACGCAUGGAGACGGCACGCUGUACUCGACAUCGGUGGGAACUUGCGGCGCUGGAGAAAUCUUCCCGUCCAACCCCGUGCCGAGCGGUACGAUUGCACGCCGCCGGCAGCUGAACCCCAUCCGGGAGGCGCCGGAGCCUUGUCCCCGCGGCUGGCUCAUGUGCAACGACCGGUGCACGAACACGGCCUCCGACCUCGAGCACUGUGGUGGUUGUGCGGGCUUCGGAGGUAUCGACUGCACCACCGUCAGCGACGGCACUAUCGCCUGUAUCCAAGGCAAGUGUGUGGUCACGGAUGAGAGCUACUAA